CCGCAACAAGCACAACACGCUAGCACGCAGCUCGUCAAGUGUAUGUACGCUGAUUUUUUAUUAUUGUGAAGCCGGUGUACACUUUUGACCAGUUCUUCCUCAAAGAACAGCCAGUCUACACUUCACUCUCUCUCUAGAAGGUGGAGUAAAAGCAUAUUUUUCGAGAGAGAAGCAAAACCAGUUGGAGUCACAAUCAUGGAGCCGACGGAAGAACAGCAACAGGCCCUGCAGAAGGUCACCGACAACGAUUUGACGGGUCUGCAGGCCCUUUUAUCCACUGCAAAGUUCGACAUCGACUUUGUCGACACAAACGGCAUGACGCUUCUGCAGCACGCCGUCUACAAAGGCAACCACGACAUUGCACAGAUCCUCAUUGAUCAGGGUGCAGACGUGAAUUCGAGCAAGCACGAGCACAACUAUUCGCCUCUGCAUUUCGCCGCCCUGUCUGGCAAAGAGGAGGUUUGCAUGCUGCUCCUCCAGCACGGCGCCAAGAGCCAAGUUCUCAACACGGUGAAACGGACGCCAGCUCAAAUGGCAGCCUUCGUCGGAAAUCAUGGUUGCGUGGCGGCGAUCAAUAACUUCGUUCCGCGCUCUGACAUCGACUAUUACACAACUCCCAAAGGACUUGACAAAGAGCCAAAACUCGAGCCGGCCCUCACAGAGGUGUUUCACAAGUUCAUCAUGCAGGUGAAUGUUCAUCCAAUCGGAAUCCUGCUCUUCCUUCGGACUAAUCGGACGCUAGUGGACAAACACAGGCAGGUGAAGGCCGUCCUAAAUCUUAUGUGCGAGAAGGAGAUGAAGCGCGGACACGAAACAAAUGAAGUUCUUUCUUUCAAAUUCCACUGGCUGUCCAACGUGCUGGAAGAAUUGACCAUGGCCGAAGAAGGAGAGCUCAUGAAAGAGGGCAAGGAAAAAGACGUGCUUGAGUAUUGCAUAAAAAAGCUGAUUAAACCAAGCGGACUGGACCAGUUUGUCAGAGUGACAGUUCAUCGUUUCCCGUACAUCCAGUCAACACUUUUCAUGCAGAUUGCUAACGGCGUGGCAUCAACAAUAAAAGACCCUCAUUAUGAAAAAGGCAGUUUGAUGACGGUGAUCACGUCAGCCAUCAACGGCCACCGAGGAUUCGCCUCGGACUCGCAGUGCAGCGCUUGCGGCAACGAAAAGGCGACGCGUAGGUGUUCGCGAUGCAAAAGUGAGGUUUACUGCGGCGCUGAGUGCCAAAAGGUGCACUGGUCGCUGCACAAAAAGGGGUGCAAGCCGGCCAGCGCUGCAGAUGCGAAGAAAGACGCCGCCAAAAUGAAGGAGAACGAGCAGGCGAGUAUCGCUGACCUCGUUUCCCAGCAGCUCGCCAGUCAGAGUCUCGAAGUCAAGUGAAUUUGUGUAUCCUCUUAAAAAUGACUGUAUUCUUGUUAUUAAACUGUUGUCUCGCUGAUGUACAA